AUGUCUGAAGGAAAGUCUGUUGGUAUUGAUUUGGGUACUACCUACUCUUGUGUCGGUGUCUGGCAAAACGACCGUGUCGAAAUCAUUGCUAACGACCAAGGUAACCGUACCACUCCCUCUUAUGUUGGUUUCACCGAUAGCGAACGUCUUAUCGGUGAUGCUGCUAAGAAUCAAGUCGCCAUGAACCCCUAUAACACCGUUUUCGACGCUAAGCGUUUGAUCGGUCGUCGCUUCAAUGAUGCUGAAGUCCAAGCUGAUAUGAAGCACUGGCCUUUCAAGGUUAUUGAUAAGGACUCCAAGCCUAUCAUCCAAGUCGAAUACAAGGGUGAAACCAAGACCUUCACUCCCGAAGAAAUUUCCUCCAUGGUCCUCAUUAAGAUGAAGGAAACUGCCGAAGCUUACCUCGGUGGUACUGUCAAGAACGCUGUUAUCACCGUUCCUGCUUAUUUCAAUGACAGUCAACGUCAAGCUACCAAGGAUGCUGGUUUGAUUUCCGGUUUGAAUGUUCAACGUAUCAUCAACGAACCUACCGCCGCUGCUAUUGCUUACGGUUUGGAUAAGAAGGUUGAAGGUGAACGUAACGUUUUGAUUUUCGAUUUGGGUGGUGGUACCUUUGAUGUUUCACUCUUGACCAUCGAAGAUGGUAUCUUCGAAGUCAAGGCUACUGCUGGUGAUACUCACUUGGGUGGUGAAGAUUUCGAUAACCGUCUUGUCAACCACUUCAUGCAAGAAUUCAAGCGUAAGUUCAAGAAGGAUAUCUCCGGUAAUGCUCGUGCUGUCCGUCGUCUUCGUACUGCUUGUGAACGUGCUAAGCGUACUUUGUCUUCUGCCGCUCAAACUACUAUCGAAAUCGAUUCCCUCUUCGAAGGUGUUGAUUUCUAUACUUCUUUGACUCGUGCCCGUUUCGAAGAACUUAACCAAGAUCUUUUCCGUAACACUAUGGAACCUGUUGAAAAGGUCCUCCGUGAUUCCAAGAUCGAUAAGUCUCAAGUUCACGAUAUCGUCCUUGUCGGUGGUUCUACCCGUAUCCCCAAGGUUCAAAAGUUGGUUUCUGACUUCUUCAAUGGUAAGGAGCCCAACAAAUCCAUCAACCCUGAUGAAGCUGUUGCCUAUGGUGCUGCUGUUCAAGCUGCCAUUCUCUCUGGUGAUACCUCUGAAAAGACUCAAGAUCUUCUUCUUUUGGAUGUUGCUCCUCUUUCCCUCGGUAUUGAAACCGCUGGUGGUGUCAUGACUGCUUUGAUCAAGCGUAACACUACUGUUCCUACCAAGAAAUCUGAAAUCUUCUCUACUUAUGCCGAUAACCAACCUGGUGUCCUUAUUCAAGUCUUCGAAGGUGAACGUGCCCGUACCAAGGACAACAACUUACUCGGUAAGUUCGAAUUGACUGGUAUUCCUCCCGCUCCUCGUGGUGUCCCUCAAAUCGAAGUUACCUUCGAUGUCGAUGCCAACGGUAUCUUGAACGUCUCUGCUCUUGACAAGACCACUGGUAAGUCCAACAAGAUCACCAUUACCAACGAUAAGGGUCGUCUCUCCAAGGAAGAAAUCGAACGUAUGGUCAAUGAUGCUGAAAAAUACAAGGCUGAAGACGAAGCUGCUGCUGCCCGUAUCACUGCUAAGAACGGUCUUGAAUCCUACGCUUACAACCUUCGUAACACUCUUCAAGAAGAAAAGGUUGCCUCUGCUCUUCCCGAAGAUGAUAAGAACAAGCUUAAGGCCGCUGUUGAUGAAGCUAUCAAGUGGCUCGAUGAAUCUCAAGAAGCUUCUAAGGAAGAAUACGAAUCCAAGCAAAAGGAAUUGGAAGAAGUUGCUAACCCUAUUAUGAUGAAGUUCUACCAACAACAACAAGGCGCUGCUGGUGGUAUGCCCGAUAUGAGCGGUAUGCCCGGUGGUGGUAUGCCUGGUGCUGGUGCUGCUGCUCCCGAAUCCGAUGGUCCUUCCAUUGAAGAGGUUGAUUAAAUACUUCGUCAUUUCUGUUAAUGCCAUGUUGGUUUUCCCAAAGAUCAUAUUGUAGAUUUCCCUUCUGUUUUAACCGAUUUAUAUAUAUUAUAGGUAUGAAUAGCUAAUUAUAUUAUUUUAGAAAACCUAGAACUUGUUAUUUUACAAAAGUAAUAAAUUUUCUUUGUGUUUUGUCAUAAGUGUAUCAAGAC